ACGUACCGUACACAUACACGUGAACCGAACGUGUAGCAACUAGCCACAUGGUCUGGCUCCUGUAGGACUGGAAGGGACCACCGUAACUUAAUUUAAUUUCUGUAAAGAGUGUGAACAGUUUUGUUGAAAACGUAUUGGACCUUUGACAUUCACAAGAUGGCGCAGUUACAGGCGAGGUUUUUCACUGAAAAUAAAAAAUAUGUUGUAGACGAUGUCCCGUUUUCCAUACCAGCCACGUCAGAAGUUACAGAUCUCAGCAACAUCAUUAAUAAACUACUGGAAGCUAAACAUGCUUCACAAAGUCAUGUUGACUUUGACUUCCUGGUCCGGGGCCAGUUUCUCCGAACAUCACUAUCUGGUCACAUGGAAGCAUUUGACAUCUCAACAGAAGAAGUGGUGGAGAUUGAGUAUGUGGAGAAGUUCACAGCACCACAGCCAGAAGAGUGUGUCAUGCACGAUGAUUGGAUCAGUUCUGUAGAGGCCGACCCAGAAUGGAUCCUGACGGGCUCCUAUGAUAAGACUGCGCGCAUCUGGUCACUGGAAGGCAAAGCGGCCAUGACAGUGGCAGGGCACUCUGAGGUCGUGAAGGACGUUGCUUGGGUCCGAAGAGAUGGCCUGACCUCGCUCCUCCUCACGGCUUCCUUGGACCAGACGGUUCUGUUGUGGGAGUGGAACUCAGAGCGGAACAAAAUCAAGGCUCGACACUGUUGCCGUGGGCACGCGGGCAGUGUGGACACCAUUGCAGUCGACCCAACACGGACAAAGUUCUGCAGUGGAUCCUGGGACAAGAUGCUCAAGCUGUGGUCAGCAGUGCCUACAGAGGAGGAGGAUGAGGUAGAAGAGCCAAACAUACCUCGGAAGAAACAGAAGACAGACAAACUGGGUUUGACACGGACGCCGCUGAUGACGCUGUCGGGGCACACGGAGGCGGUGUCGUCGGUGCUGUGGAUGGACAGCGAGGAGCUCUGCAGUGCAUCAUGGGAUCACACCAUCAAGAUGUGGGACGCGGAGACGGGCAGUCAGAAGAGCAACCUGACGGGCAGUAAGGUGUUCAACUGCGUGUCCUACUCUCCACUGUGCCGGCGGUUGGCGUCGGGCAGCAGCGACAGACACGUCCGGCUGUGGGACCCUCGUGCCAAAGAUGGCUCUAUGGUGCUGCUGUCCUUAACGUCACACACUGGUUGGGUGACGGCAGUAGACUGGUCUCCAAGCCAUGAGCAGCAACUUGUAUCAGGCUCCCUGGACAACAUCGUCAAGCUCUGGGACACCAGGAGCUGCAAGGCACCCCUGUAUGACCUGGCCGCCCAUGAGGACAAAGUGUUGUGUGUGAACUGGACAGAGAGUGGGAUCAUCCUCAGCGGAGGGGCAGACAACAAACUUUACACAUACAAGUACUCCUCCGGUGUCACGGACGCUGGUGCUUAGCAACGUCACGUGGAUGCAAGUCGGCAGGGUGAUAAUGUGCCAUUUUUCCAUCAUAAUCGCCGGCCCAGAAUAAUAUUUGGGUAUAGAUUUGCCACUAUAACCUGGACUAGGCACCAGUUGGGCCAGGGUCUGAUGUGGACCUUGUAUGUGGACAUUUAGAAACGCCUCUGACACCGGACACAGUGGGACAUGUGUGUAAUACAGCCUGAGGAUUUGGUCUUUUUGGUCUUAAAUGUCUGGCUUUCAUAUUGGUUCAGCUUCUGUGUGUGAAGUCAAUGGUCUGUUUGUCAAUGCCUCAAUAUAAAGAAGUUUUCUAAUUCUA